ACGAUAAGGUGUGCGUUCCUCUAUGGGGCAACAAAGUGUGUUUUUUUUUUAAAUUUAUUGAGUCUCCAUGCAAAGAACGUGUCAUGCUAACAUAAUUACAGACAUACAGAGAAGACAACUGUAAUAAACAUGCAUUGCUUCACUGCACGAUCCCGUACGUGUCAUUCCCAAACAGUUGUCUUUCAGAACACUUCAUACAAGACUGAGAUGAAGAUAAUACAAGGCGUCCUUGUAUAUAAUCAGAAAAUCAAGAAAUACACAACUUGCAUGUCAUCCACGGGCGUACGAACUGCGCGAUGUGUGUGUGGAGAAAGGUAUAAAAAGAUGGUUAAACGUUUGAAGAAGAAACGGCAAAGGUUUCUAGUCAAGUGGGUUGUAACGCCUGUGCUGAAUGAGGAAACUUCUGCUACGGGUUUUUGCAGCGCUGAGAGCAACAAGGAGAGCGGAGUGGAUACCCUGGUUAAGACUACCCAAGUUGCUGAUACGGUUCAUCGGGAGGCAGACGAACUCGUCCCAAAGAAACGUCCGGCUUCCAGAAAUUACAGUUCACAAAGAAGCCGCCCAGCAAAGAGGAAGCGAAGACAGAAUAGAACCAGCGAUGAGAAAAAGGACGUAGGUCGCAUGGAGGCGAGGCGUGCCAAGGAAAACAAAGAAACAAGGCACUUAUCGCUGGCGACCUCUAGGGGUUUGAAGAACGAGAAACGAGAAUUGAAGAAUAAAGGCGAAAAUGGCAAGUUUCAAGAGAGGAAGGUCGAGAUCAAGAAAGCAGUGACUAGGAAGAGGUUCAAGGAAGGAGGAAGAGGCGAAGGAGAAGUGACGCUGUCUAGAUACCUAUACCAAUUGCUACAGAGUGGUUGCAUGUGCCCCCAAGUGGACCUCAUUGUACGCCUUAUUGCCGGCAAGGGAGCAGACGGCACGCUCCGCCUGGUGGUGAGUGAUGAGCGGUUGUCGAUGCUCCCAGAAGCGUGGGAGAACCUGACUGAGCAGGGACACAGCCUUCUAGAGGUCGUCCAAUUCGUGACGACGCGAGCCACAGUCCCUCAGGUCCGCAAUUCGUCUCUGCUCCUGCUGGGGAAGAUCUUGAGUUUGGAAGCAUUGAGCGAGAAGAGGGUGUACGUGGUCGUCUCGGCUGGGAGUUACGACUGGGCGCUCUCCGCGAGGACGUACGAGGACGAGGCGAGGGUCGUCGAGGAUUUGGUGCUGUUUAAGUCUGAGCUUGAGCGUCUCGGGAGGGAUUCGUUCCCUUGUCGAGAAGUAGUCGUCGUGUUGUGCCCUCUCGUGGAAGCGGCGGUGUGGGGAGGGCGAGGGGAAGGGGGAGAGGAGAAGAAAGGAGAGCUAUGGAAGAAUGAGAGAAAGAAAGGAGAACGGAAGUCAAAUGGCAAGAAAGAAGAGGAAGGAAGACGCAUGGAAGGAGAUGGGGGAGGACGAUUUGAAGGUAACCGAAGAACUGGCGCAGUAGAAAGUAUGAAACGGCGAAAUAAAGAAACGAGAAGAGAUGAGAAGGAAGCGAGAGAACAUUUAGGAACCUCAUCUGCCCUAAAAAGAAUGAACAGGAAUCUGAGAAGGGAGAACGCUAGCCUUAAGGUCCCGAUCUCGACCUCCUCCCCUCGCCCUUGGAAACGCAUAAUGAGGAAACUCAGCGACGCUCUCUGUAGAUUCGCUGAACCCGAACUACAGGAAGAUAGUAGCAGGGGUGUCUGUAGGAUUCUGAACGACAUAUUCGACGCAUGCGCGGAAUGAUGCUAGUAUAGUGCUGCCUCGACGUAACAGUGAAUUUUGUAAGAUUUUAUUAUUUUUCAAUUUCGGUUUAGAUAUUAGUAGAGAGAAUUAUUUCACAUUUUUUGGUUGCGUCUCCGGUGCACGACACACAAUAUCCAGUUCUUUGCAUAAGGAAGUAAAGUUAACGAGAUAUCUUCUAUACAUUUUUAAGACCUUGUGAAUUUUCACAAAUUCCACUCUUCCCCUUAUCAGCUUUAUUUGAUUCACCUCACAUCUUUGAAUUAACAAGCUUAUGAUUCAAAUUUAUUUCAAAUUUCAAAUUAGACUCGACCGCGGGAAAUCCACACAGGGAACUAGGCCUUAAUGAGCUGGAACGAAGCCAGGAAAGGUUCGGUUGAAUGUCAGUACAAGAAACAUGGGAGGUGGAAGAACAGAGAACGGUCGAACGCCAGGACCAAGAACUGGAUGAGAAGAAUGUUCUGGAAGGGAUUCUGAAGUAGUGAUAGGUAGAAGCAAAGAAUGAGAAGAACAGAGAGAUGGGAAAAAAAGGCAAGAAAAGGGAAGUGGAAUACGUUAAAUGCCAUUUUUCAAGGUAAUUACUUUAUCAUGUGGCUCACCAGAAAAGGUUAAUGGAUGAAUUUCUUUGCUUUUCUUUCUUUUUUUAGGAGAUGCUAUUCUGUUGUGUACGAAGUUGAUUUUUUUUUUUUUUAUAAUUGUUAACAUGCUGCUUUACUUUAAACAAUUUACCAUGUUUAAUGCCUUCUCUCUCUCUCUCUCUCUCUCCCCCUCCCCCUCCC